GGAACGCGGGAGGAUGCGGAGCCUGGGGCAGGGGGGGCCCUGAGCGCCAUCGCAGUUUGACUGGAGGCAAAAGUCCAUCCGGGGGGGCCAAGGGAGGGGCAGAGGAGGGGACGGCUUAGGGGCACUGGGAAGCCAGGGAGUCGGCCGAAGGAGGCCAGGGAGCCUCUGGCGGGAAGGCGAGCGGGCUGGGGGAGGGGGCGCGGUGGGAGGCGGAGUAGAAGAAGACAAAAGCCGAAAGCGAGCCGGGCCGGGUCGGCACACUCGGGCAGGAGGGGCCAUUUGUGCAGCGAGCAGCCGGCGCGGAGAGGCCGUAGUGCGCAGAGCAUCCCGCUCGGCCGGCAGCAUGGGGAAGGGGGGCAAUCAGGGCGAGGGGGGCCCCGAGCGCGAGGCGCCCAUACCCACCUUCAGCUGGGAGGAGAUUCAGAAGCACAACCUGCGCACGGACCAGUGGCUCGUCAUCGACCGCAAAGUCUAUAACGUCACCAAGUGGUCCAAGCAGCACCCGGGGGGCCACCGGGUCAUCGGACACUACGCAGGGGAAGAUGCUACGGACGCCUUCCACGCCUUCCACCCCAACCUCGAUUUUGUGCGCAAGUACAUGAAGCCUUUGCUGGUCGGGGAGCUGGCCCCAGAGGAGCCCAGCCAGGACCGCGGCAAGAACUCGCAGAUCACCGAGGACUUCCGGGCCCUGAAGAAAACAGCUGAGGACCUGAAGCUGUUCAAGACCAACCACCUGUUCUUCCUCCUCCUCCUGGCCCACAUCAUAGCCAUGGAGAGCCUCGCAUGGUUCAUCAUCUUCUACUUUGGCAAUGGCUGGAUUCCGACCCUCAUUACGACCUUUGUUCUUGCUACCUCGCAGGUUCAGGCUGGAUGGCUGCAACAUGACUACGGCCACCUUUCUGUCUACAAGAAAUCCAGGUGGAACCACAUCGUCCACAAGUUCAUCAUUGGCCACAUGAAGGGCGCCUCAGCCAAUUGGUGGAACCAUCGCCACUUUCAGCAUCAUGCCAAGCCCAACAUCUUCCACAAGGACCCGGAUGUGAACAUGCUGCACGUGUUUGUCCUGGGCGAGUGGCAGCCCAUUGAGUACGGCAAGAAGAAGCUGAAAUACCUGCCCUACAACCACCAGCACGAGUACUUCUUCCUGAUUGGACCGCCGCUGCUCAUCCCCAUGUAUUUCCAGUAUCAGAUCAUCAUGACCAUGAUUGUUCGCAAAGACUGGGUGGACUUGGCCUGGGCCAUCAGCUACUACUCCCGUUUCUUCAUCACCUACAUCCCUUUCUAUGGCAUCCUGGGAGCCCUCCUCUUCCUCAACUUCAUCAGGUUCCUGGAGAGCCACUGGUUUGUGUGGGUCACUCAGAUGAAUCACAUCGUCAUGGAGAUUGACCGCGAGCCCUACCGUGACUGGUUCAGCAGCCAGCUGGCAGCCACCUGCAACGUGGAGCAGUCCUUCUUCAACGACUGGUUCAGCGGGCACCUCAACUUCCAGAUCGAGCACCACCUCUUCCCCACCAUGCCUCGGCACAACUUCCACAAGAUCGCCCCCCUGGUGAAGUCCCUGUGCGCCAAGCAUGGCAUCAAGUACCAGGAGAAGCCGCUGCUGAGGGCCCUGCUGGACAUCAUUCACUCCCUGAAGAAGUCUGGGCAGCUGUGGCUGGAUGCGUACCUCCACAAAUGAAGCUGCAGCCCUUGGGCACCCGUUGCGGGGGAGGGGGGUUAGGCUGGGUGGUGGCCGAAGGGAAGGGUGGGUUUUUGUUCUGAGGGUACCCAGGAGGCUGAGGUACACACAUCGCUCACGGGCGCCAUUUUUGGUUUUCCCUCUUUCUCCUCUCCUUUCUCCCUUCCCUUCUGCCUCCACCCUUGCUCAUGGAGCCUGCCCAUGUUAGCCUGGGCCCUCUCCCAGUGCCUCCUAGCCCCUUCUGAUAGGAGCAGAGAGAGGUAGACACGAGAGGUGUCUCUACCCUGCCUCUGCCCCCCGCCCCUGAAGAUUGGAUGGGACCAGAAGUCCACUAAUGCAGACUGGGCCCCUGCUGGCAGUCCGGGCACCGGCCUCACACUCCCUUCUGCCCCUCAGACUCUUUCCUGGGGUCUGCGGGGUGGGUGCUAGUCAAGCAGAUGGCUACCUGCACUCCAGGCCUGAUUCCACAUCUGUCCUGCCCUUCUGCAGGGAGGUGUGCCUUCUGCUGGGAGGUGUGCUUUGUGCCCCGCGCAGGCCAGCUCGGAUGUCUAGAAACACCCGGGCCUCCCUGCAGGCCCAGUUUCCCUUCAGAUGCCCUAGGCCCUGAUUUCAGACUCCUGCCUGCCUGGCAGCCAGCUCAGGCCCGGGGCCUAGGGACUUGCCCUCCUCUACCCCUACCCACUCCACCUCUGACCGUGGGCCCUAGCAGGUUCCAGUCCAUCUUACCAAACUCCAGAGCCCAUGAUCUUGGGACCAAAAGGAGAGUCACUCACGUGGGCUCAGCAGAGGCAGUGGCCAGGUUAGGAGCAGGCAGCCCACCUGUGGGCUCGGGCCACCCCUGGGUGGAUGGGAGACCUGAGCUUCGGGGGCAGUCAGACCCCACCUUCCCCAAGUGCCCCCAGCCAGGCAUCCCAGCCAGCCCAGGACCGUUGGGCCAGGUGGAGUUGGGCCCUGCAGGGUGCUGGGGGCACUGGAGCUGGGGGUGUCCUCUUUGCCGCUCCUCAUGGGGUUCCCCGGCUCUCUUUCCUGUCUUUACUCUUACUGUUAUUUUAACCUUGUGCUACAGGAUGCUCUCUGAUAGGGAGAUGGCAGGGAGGCUGGGCCUUGUGACAAUCUGUCUUUUACCACAAGCCCCCCAUGUCCUGCUUUUGGGAGGGCAGUGGGCAACAGAGAGAUGGAGGGAGUCUCUGGGCGAGGCAGCCCUGAGGAGCAAGGGGAGUGGGGGGACCUGAUGAGGGCGGAGGGUGCUGAGAUGAGAUGGGAGAGGGGCUGAGAAAGUGUGAAGGGUGGGGGAGGGGAGCCUGCUGCCACUGGAGCUGCUGCAUUUAAAAAUCUAACCCACUAACCAAUAUUUAGAUUCAGGGAAGGGGGGGCACAUUGAGCUUAGAGUGGGAGCACCCACAUCUAGUGUUGACAGACCUUUGGGUUGCCAUGGCAACACAGGCCUUUCCCUGGCCUUCCACUGAGGAAACAAGCCCAGGUAGCUGCUCACUCCCCUAGAGGUGGACUAGAUCUGUAGGGACCUGAUCUUACUUUUUAUCGCGUUGCUUCCCUACCCCUGUGUUUUCUGGAAAUAAAAGAGAUAAUUUUA